AUGAACUUUAAAUUCAAAUUGACAAAAUUCAAUCCAUCAAGGAAUUAUUUCAACUCACUUCGUAAUGUCAGCACUUCCAAAUAUCUCAAUAAUGUUCAAGAUAGUAACAAGCUAUCAAACUACUAUCCACCUUGUAGCAUGUACUUUAAAGAAGUCGAAUGUAAAGUUAAUGAGCAAAUAGCACUUGAGUUUGUCGCUUUUUACAACUACUUAGGAAUGUUCAAUCAUUUCGCUCGAUCUGAUGUAGCUCUCAGUGGAUGCAAGCAGUUUUUCUUAAAAUGUGCUGAAGAAGAGAAGAAGCAUGCCUUAAAAUUGUGCAAUUAUCAAAACAUGCGUGGUGGAUCUGUCAAUUUGUUGGAUCUGUCAAUUCUGUACAGUCAAGGAUGCAUUUAG